AUGCUGAGAGCAACCACAUACCGCACCAGCUUGAGCAUUUGCAAGCUGAGCUCCCCAAGCUUUGCUCUUCGACCCAUUCACACUACUAAACCUUCCGAUGACCUCACCACCGACAAACUUCCUUCUCCUUUGAACGACGUUUUGUAUCAAAAAGUGGAAGCGGAUAUGAUAGGAACACCCGACCCUAUCUCAAAUUUACGACCAGUCAAAUACUUUGUUGCAGCGAAUGAGACACCAGAGGAGACGGAGUGGCGGUUACAUCGUCAGCGUGUAGACCAAUUCAAUGAAGACUUUUGGAGUUCCAACAAUGCGUUGUUCGUUAAUGCGAAGGCCGAAUACGAAGAGUCAAUCAGGGCUCGUGGAGAGAAAGUGACGGCUGAAGCACUUUCUGUGUUUUACAAAGAUUUCCUCGACAAAGCUUACGACCGACAAAUGGCGUAUAACAAGCAGUGGUGGAAAGAGAAUAUCGGCAUGUUAUACCCAGGAGCAAAAGCAGCAUUCAGACAGCUAAUGCAAAAAAAGAAGCAAGAAGCAUUACCCCUUAGUUUCUGGGACAAAAACUUUGAAUAG